AUGGUGGUUGUUUGUAAAUUGUUUAAUUUUAAAUUUGGUGUGGGGGUGGGAGGUUUUGGGGGUGUGUUGGGGUGGGGGGGGUAUGGGGUUGUUGUGUUGGUGUGUGGGUUUGGGGGUGGAUAUUUGUUUGGUGGGUGGGGGUGGGUUGUGGGGUGGGUUUGUUGUUGGGGGGGGUUGGUUUUGGUGUGGUUGAAGGGUGUGGAUUGGGGUGGUGUUGGUGGUGGGUGGGGGGUUGGGGAGUUUUGGGUGGUUUGUUUGGUAUGUUUGGUUGUUUUUGUUGGGGGUUUGGGGUUGGUGUGUUUUUUUGUUGUGAGGAGGGGGGUGGGUGGGUGGUUUGUGGGUUUUUUUGGUUGGGUGGUGGGGGUUGGUUUGGUUGGGUUGUUGGUUGGGGGGUUUGGUGUUGUGGUUUGGGUGGUGGUGGGUGUUGGGUUGUGUGUGGGGUGGUGUUGUUUUGGGGUGAGUGGGUGUGUGGUGGGGGGGGGGUUGUUGUGGGGGUUUGGGGGUUUGUGGGUGGGUGGUGGUUGGGUUGGGUGUGGGUUGGGGUUGUGUUGUUGGGGGGUUGUGGGGUGGUGUGUGGUUUGGUGGGGGGAUGGUUGUUUGGGGUGUUUGGGGGUAUGUUGGGGGUGGUGUGAGGGGGGGGGGUGGGGUGUUGUGGGUUGGGGGUUUUGGGGGGGGGGGGGGGGGGGGGGGGGUGUGUGUUUGUGUGGGGGGUGGUGGGUUGUGGGGGUUGGGUGGGUGUUGGUUGGGGGGGUUGGGGUGUGGUUUGGGUGGGGUUGUGUUGGGGGGGGGGGUUGGGGGGGGGGGGUGGGGGGGGGGGGUGGUUGGGGGGGGGUUUGUUGGUUGGUGGGGGGGGGGGGUUUGGGUGUUGUUGGGUUGGGGUUGGGGUUGGGGGGUGUGGUGUGGGGGGGGGUUGGGGUGUGGGGGGGGUGGUGGGGGGGGGGGGUGGUUGGUUGGGUUUUGGUGUGGGGGGGUGGUGGGGGGUGGGUGGGGGGGGGGGUGGGUUGUUGUGGGGGGGGGGGGUGGGGGGGGGGGGGUGUUGUGUUUGUUGGGUGUGGUGGUGGGGGGUUGUGGGGGGGGGGGUGGGGGGGGGUGUGGGUGGGUUUGGUUUGGGUUUGUUGGGGGGUUUUGGGUGGGUGUUUGUGUUUUGUGGGGUGUGGGGUUGGGUGGGUUGGUGUGGUGGUGGGUUGGUGUUUGUGUUGGUGGUUGUUUUUGUGUUGGGGGUGGGGGGGUUGGGGGGUGGUGGGGGUUGGGGUGGGGUGGGUGGUGGGGGGUGGGGGGGGGGGGGGGUGGGGGUGUUGGGUGGUGUGUUUGUGUUGGGGGGGUGGGGUUGGGUGGGUUUUGGAAGUGAGGGGGUGGGGUGGUGUGGGGUUGGGGUGGUGUGUGGGUGUGGGUGGGGUGUGUGGGGUGGGUGGGGUGGGGGGGUGUGGUUUUGUGGUUGUUUGGGUUGGUGGGUGGUGUUGUGUGGGGUUGGGUGAGGGGGUGGGUUGGGGGGUUUUUUUGGGGGGUGGGGGGGGGUGGGGGGGGAGGGGGGGUGGGGGUUGGUGUGGGGGUGUUGUGGGGAGGGAUGUGGGUGUGGUUGGGGUGUGUGGUGGGGGGGUGUGUGGGUGUGGUUGGGGGUGUUGGGUGGGUGUUUGGGGGUUUGGGGGUGUUGGUGGGUGUGGUUUUUUGGUUUUUUGGUUGGUUUGUGUUUGUAGUGUGGUGGGUUGGGGGUUUUUGUGUGUGUGGUGUGUGUUUUUUGGUUUGGGGUUGGUUUUGUGUUUGUUUUUUGUUGGUUGGGGGGGGGGUUUUGGGGUGUGGGUGGUGGUUGUUUUGUGGGUGGUGGGUGGGUGUGUGGGUUUUGUGUGUGGUGUGUGGUGGGUGGGUUGGGGGGGUGUGUGGUUGGGGUUUUGUGGGUGGUGGGGGGGUUGUGGGUGUGUUGGGUUGGGUGGGUGGUGUGGGUGGGGGGGGGGGGUUUUGGGGUGGGUGGGGUUGUGGGGUUGGGGGGGGGGGUUGUGGGUGGAUGGGGGGUGGGGGGGUGGGGGGGGGGUUGGGUGUUGGGGUUUGGGGGUGGUGGUGUUGGGGGGGGUGGGUGUGGGGUGUGGGGGGGGGUUUUUUUUUGUUGGUGGGUGUGGGGGGGGGUGGUUGGAUAUGGGUUGUGGGGGUGUGUGUUUGGUGUUGUUGGGGGUGUGUAUUGUUUUUGGGGUGGUGGUGGGGGUGGUGGGUUGUGUUGUGAUGGGGGGUUGUGGGGGGGGGGGGUGUUGUGGUAAUAGGUUUGUGGUGUUGGGUUGUAUGUGGGUUGUGUUUGUGUUUGGUGUUGAGUUGGGGGGGUGGUGGGGGGGUGGUGUGGGGUUGGGGUUUGUUUUUUUUGUAUGUAAGAUGGUUUUGGGGGUGGAUGGUAUAGUAGGUGUUUUGUAUGUUAUUGGGAAGUGGGUUAGAGGUGUAGUAUAUGUGGUGGGGGGGGAUGGUGUGGGGGUGUGGUUUUGGUGGUGGUGUGGGUGGAUGGUGUGGAGUGGGAGUGAUGUAGUGAGUUUUGAUUAUUGUUAUGUGUUGGUGUUUGGGUGGGGGGGGUUGGUUUGUGGGUUGGGUGUUGGGGUGGGGGGUGGGGGUGUGGUUUUUGUGGUGGUGUGGUGUGUGGGGUAUGGUGUGGGGUGGGGGUGGUGGGGGGGGGGGGGGGGGGUGUGGGUGGUGUGGUUUGAGUAUGGUAUAGGUGGGUUGGUGGGGGGUUGGGUUUGGUUGGGGGUGGUGGGGGUUGGUUUGUUUUGUUGGUGGGUUUGGGUUGUGUGGGGUGUGGGUUGGGGUGGGUGUUGGGGUUUGGGAUUUGUGGGGUGGAUGGUGUUUGGAGUGGUUAGUGUUUGGAGGUGUGUUGGGAUGGUUGGGGGGUUUGUUGUAUUUUUGUUGGUUGUUGGGGGUGGUGGUUUGGGGGUUGGGGGGUGGGUUGGGUGUUGGAGGUGUGGGGUGGUUUGGGGUGGUGGGUGGGGUGGUGGUGGUUUUGUGGGGGGGGGGUGGGGGGUGGGGGGGUUAGUGUGGGAUUUGGGGGUGGUUGUGGGUUGUGUUGGGGGGGGUGGUGGGUUGGUAGUGGGGUUUGAGGUUUUGUAUGGGUGUUGGUAUAUUUUGGAUAGAGGGGGGGGGGUUGGGUUGAGAGUAUGUGGGUUUUGUUGGGUUGGUUGUUGGUGGGUUGUGGUGUGGGUUUGUUUGUGGGUGUGUUUGUGGGGGUUUGGAGUGUGGUGGUUGGUGUUUUUGGGGUGGUUUGUUUGGGUGGGGGGUUGGGGUGGUGGUGGUUGUGGUGGUGGGGUUGUUGGGGGGGGGUGGGGGGGGUUGGGGUGGGUGGUUUUGGUUGGUUGUUGGUGGGUGGGUGUUUGGUUUGGUUUGUUUGGGUGGGGGGGGGUGUGUUGUGGGUUGGGGUGUUGUGGUGGGUGGUGGGUGUGUUGGGGGUGUUGGUGGUGGUGGGUUGGUGUGGUGGGGUGUGGUUGGGGUUGGUUGGUGGUGGGGUUGUGGGUUUGGGGGGGUGGGGGGUGUGGUUGGUUGGUUGGUUGUGGUUGGGGUUGUGGGUGUUGGUGUGGGGGGGGGGGUUGGUGGGGGGGGGUGGGGUUGUUGGGUGGGGUGUGUGGGGGGUUUGGGGGUUGGGUUGGGGGUGUUGGUUUGGUUUUGGGGGGUUUGUUUUGGGGUGGGGGUUUGGGGGUGUGGGUGGUGGUUUGUGGUUGGUGUUGGGGGGGUGGGGUUGGUUUGGGUGGGGUGUUGUUGGGGUUUUUAGGGUGGUUGUGUGUUGGGGGGGGGGGGGGUUGGGGGUUGUGUAUGGGGUGGGUUGGGGGUGUUGGUGUGUGUUUUGGUGUUGGGGGGUUUGGUUGGGUGGGUGUGUGGGGGGGGUUGGUUUGGGGUUGGGGGGUGGGGGGGGGGGUGGGUGGUAAGAGUGGUAAGAGAAGAGGUGGGGGUUUGGUUUGUUGGAGGGUAGGUAGGGGGGGGGGGGUGGGGGUUGUGUGGUGGGUGUUGGGGGGGUGUGUGUGUUUUGUGGUUGUGGUUGGGGGGUGGGAGGUGGGGUGGGGGGUGGGGUGGUGGUGUGGUGUUGGGUGGGGGGGUGUUUGGUGUGGUGUUGGGUUGGAUUUGGUGGUUGGGUGGUUGUUUUGGGGGGGUUUUUUGUGGUUGGGGGUUUUUGGGGUGGGGUGGUGUGUGGUGGUUUUAGGUGGGGGUGGGGGUUGGGGGGGUGGGGUGUUGGUUGGUGGGGUAUUUUAUGUGGAAAUAGGGGUGGGGUUUGUUGGUUUGGUGGGGGUGUGUUGGGGGGGGGGUGGGGGGUUGGGGGGGUGUGUUUGGGGGUUGGUAGUUUAUGAGAUUAUGAGUGAUUGA